AUGACAGAACAGAUAGAUGAAGUAUAUAAUGUAACAAGUAGCACUAGAGAGAACAGGGAUUUUUCUGAGACAUGUGAUAUUAUCACUUUGGAAAGUCUUUUACAAGAUACUGAUAAUGGUGAAAGUCCAAAUUUGAUUAAUUUUCCCAGAUUUAAAAAACAGACAACCUUUUAUCCCAUACAUAGUCGAGGGAAAGCACUUGAGUUGUUCCAUAAAUGUGUAGUUGAUGAUCUCACUAGUCUACACCAGUCAAACAAAGUCAGAAGUCACAAUUUAACAGUAAAUGAAAAAUUGGCACUAAACAGCCUCAAAAGUAAUGAAUCUAUCGUCAUAAAAAAAGCCGAUAAGGGAGGAAGUGUUGUUGUUAUGGACAAAACAGCAUAUAUUUCAGAAGCUAAAAGACAGCUAGAAGAUACUACUACAUAUGUCACUCUAACUAGUAACCCAACUAAUAGGUUUCAAAAAGAACUCUACAGUUUAUUGGAUGAUUGCAUGCAGUAUGGCAUUUUGGAUGGGGAAACACUGAAAUAUCUAUAUGUGGUUAAUCCUAUCACUCCAGUGUUUCACCACCUGCCCAAAGUUCAUAAAUGUCUUUCCGAUGUAAAGGGGCGCCCAAUCGUUUCAGGCAUUGGCUCCCUUUUGGAGCCAUUGUCUGAAUGGUUGGACGCCAUCCUCCAACCAAUUGUCCUCAACUUACAUAGUUAUAUCAGGGACACGACACAUGUAUUGCAGCUCCUAGAUGAUUUCAUAUGGACCACAGACCAUAGUUGGUUGGCGGUGGAUGUGGUAUCAUUAUACUCCAGUAUUCCACAAGAUUUGGGAGUAAAAGCCAUUAAAUAUUUUCUGGAGCUGCACUACAACAUGGAGGAAUACCUAAUGGAUUACAUACUUAGUGUUACUACCUUUUUGCUGCAGCACAACUACUUCCUUUUUGAGGAUAGUAAUCCCUAUAGGAGACAUAUCAGCCUGUAUAGGCGCUUUAUUGACGAUUUACUUCUGAUAUGGAAAUCGAGUGAGGCAGAGGCAAGUGACUUUGUGCGCUACCUUAAUGAAAGUGAAAAUGGUGUGAAUUUCACUUUUGAGUGGAAUAAAUCAACCAUUAACUAUCUGGAUGUCACCCUUAGAGGGGUUGCUGACACAGGAAAAGUCAUCACCCGCCUCUAUAGGAAGCCUAUUUCGGGUAACACACUCCUGCAUAGCAGAAGUGCUCACCCGAAGCAUGUUUUCCGAGGGAUAGCCAAAGGUCAGCUAUUGCGGACAAGACGUAUCUGUAAUACUGAGAUAGACUUUGAGGAAGAGAGUACACACAUGGUAAAUCGAUUGAUAAAGAGAGGGUACCAGCCCAAUAUGGUGGAAAAUGUGGCUAAGGAGGUGAGGAAAGUGGACAGACGUGAUACCUUCAGAAGUAGACCAAACAAAAAGGGUGAUAAUAAAAUCCUUUUUGUUACUCAAUACUCUUCUGAAUAUAAUGACAUUUGUAAUAUCAUAAGAAAAUAUUUCCCAUUGUUAUAUGGGGAUAAGGCCUUAAAAAAGACAGUGGAAAAGGGUUUCAAUUGUGUUUACUCUAGGGGUCCAACUCUAGGUAACAUUUUAUCUCCAUCCCUUUUACCCCAAAAGGAGACAUCAGCCACAUGGCUAGCUGUGAAUGGUACAUACAAAUGCAGCAGUGGCAGAUAUGAUGUUCCUCCUUACUUUAAAACUGAACCUGCCCGGACUCAGGUCCACCUGGAGGGGAACCGUCUGGUCCUCACCUGCAUGGCGGAGGGAAGCUGGCCUCUGGAGUUUAAAUGGCUGCAUGACCAUAAAGAGCUCACCAAAUUCUCUCUGGAGUACAGGUACAUGAUUACGUCACUGGACCGAACUCAUGCCGGUUAUUACCGUUGUAUUGUACGGAAUCGAAUGGGGGCCUUACUGCAGCGGCGCACUGAAGUACAAGUGGCAUAUAUGGGGAACUUUGAAGAUGGAGAUACCUCACAAUCUGUCUCUCAUGGGGAUGCCGCUGUGAUCACUGCACCUAGCAUUGCCAGUUUUCCUCAACCCCAGGUCACAUGGUUUAGGGAUGGAAGGAAGAUUCCCCCCAGCAACCGCAUAGCUAUCACCAAGGACAACACAUUGGUAAUUCUCUCCAGUGUGGCACCUGAUGCCGGACGCUACUAUGUGCAGGCGGUCAAUGACAAGAAUGGAGACAACAAAACCAGCCAGCCCAUCACGUUGACUGUUGAGAAUGUGGGGGGCCCUGCUGAUCCCAUUGCUCCCAUCAUUAUCAUCUCACCCCAGAACACAAGUGUUGUGACCGGAACCUCUGAGGUCAUCAUGGAGUGCGUGGCCAAUGCCAGGCCGCUUGUCAAGUUAAACAUAAUCUGGAAGAAGGAUGGAGCCCUUGUCUCUAGUGGUCUCAGUGAAUACAACCGUCGUCUGACCAUACUGAACCCCACUCUGAGUGAUGCAGGAUACUACUCCUGCGAGGCCACCCUACGGAGUAGUAGUGUCCCCCCUGUCACUGCUGGAGCCUUUCUCACUGUGCUUGAGCCCCCACAGUUUGUGAAGGAGCCGGAGAGACACCUAACUGCAGAGAUGGAGAAAGUGGUGGAGAUUCCUUGUCAAGCUAAGGGAGUCCCACAGCCCUCUAUCUCCUGGUAUAAGGAUGCUGCACUUAUAAACAUUCAGAAAGAUGCCAGGUACAAACUGGUGGGACAAGGAAGCCUCAGAAUCAGUGGGCUGAUACCGGAUGAUACCGGCAUGUUCCAGUGUUUUGCCCGCAAUGAUGCUGGAGAGGUGCAAACAUCCACUUACCUGGCUGUCACAAGUAUUGCCCCCAACAUUACCAAAGGCCCAAUGGACAGCACAGUCAUUGAUGGUACCGCUUUGGUGCUACAUUGUGAGACCUCAGGGGCCCCACGACCAGCCAUCACCUGGCAAAAAGGUGAUCGGAUCUUAGCAAGCGGAUCGGUGCAGCUACCACGUUUCACGCUCCUGGAGUCCGGAAGCCUUCUGAUUAGUCCUGCUCACAUAUCAGAUAUGGGCACUUACACUUGCACUGCUACCAACUCCCGGGGGGCAGAUGAUGCCUCUGCAGAUGUUGUUGUUUGGGCACGUACCCGGAUCAUUAACCCACCUACAGACCAGAGUGUGAUCAAAGGGACCAAAGCUUCCAUGAAUUGUGGGGUGUCCCAUGACCCCAGUGUUACCAUCAGGUACGUCUGGGAAAAGGAAGGAUUUCCUCUCAGCGUAGAGAGUUCCCCAAGGAUUCAGAGGGACAAAAAUGGCACCCUGCACAUCUCACAGACGUGGUCUGGGGACAUAGGGACCUACACCUGCAGAGUUCUGUCUGUGGGAGGCAACGAUUCCCGAAGCGCACAUCUUCGUGUUAGGCAGCUCCCUCAUGCUCCGGAGAAUCCCCUAGCCGUACUUAGUACAGUAGAGCAGAGAGCUAUUAACCUGACGUGGGCCAGAUCUUUUGAUGGAAACAGCCCACUGAUCCGAUACAUUCUGGAGGUGUCAGAAAACAAUGCUCCCUGGACUAUCCUGUUGGCCAGUUUGGAUCCAGAACAAAUAUCGUUUGUGGUACGAAAUCUCAUCCCGGCUCGGUCCUACAAGUUUCGCCUCUGUGCUGUAAAUGAUGUGGGCAAAGGCCAAUUCAGCAAAGAUACAGAAAAGGUCACCCUCCCAGAAGAACCGCCCAGUGCCCCUCCUCAGAAUGUUAUUGCCAGUGGGCGCACAAACCAGUCCAUAAUGAUCCAGUGGCAGCCACCUCCUGAAAGCCAUCAGAAUGGGAUUCUAAAGGGGUACAUCAUUAGAUAUUGUCUCUCGGGCCUGCCCGUGGGCUACCAGUACAGGAACCUGUCCAGCCCGGACAUAAAUAACCUGCUACUGGAAGAUCUCAUCAUCUGGACCAACUAUGAGAUUGAGGUGGCAGCGUAUAACAGCGCCGGGCUGGGGGUGUACAGCUCACGGGUCACAGAAUGGACCCUGCAGGGAGUGCCUACUGUACCCCCUGGAAAUGUGAAGGCAGAGGCAGUAAAUUCAACCGCAAUACGCUUCACCUGGAACCCACCAAGCCCUCAGUUUGUGAAUGGGAUCAAUCAGGGAUAUAAGCUGAUCGCCUGGGAGCCAGAGCAUGAAGAUGAUGUGACUGUGGUCACAGUGAGGCCCAACUUCCAGGACAGUAUUCAUGUAGGGCACAUCACAAGCCUGAAGAAGUUCACUAACUAUCUGACAUCAGUACUGUGCUUCACCACCCCAGGAGAUGGGCCGCGCAGCCCUCCGCAAUCAGCCUGGACACACGAGGACGUGCCUGGUCCUGUUGGUCAUCUCAGCUUCGAUGACAUUCUGGAUACCUCUCUGAGAGUGACCUGGCAGGAGCCCACAGAGAAGAAUGGCAUCCUGACUGGGUAUAAAAUAUCCUGGGAAGAAUUCAACCAAACCAAUACCCGGGUCACUCACUACUUGCCCAACUUGACUUUGGAGUAUCGAGUGACUGGCCUGACCUCUCUUACCACCUACACUAUACGGGUGGCUGGCAUGACCUCCAAAGGACAGGGAGCCGUGUCUUCUUCAACCAUCUCAUCAGGUGUACCUCCCGAACUCCCCGGAGCCCCCACCAACUUAGGGAUCAGUAAUAUUGGACCUCGCUCUGUUACUCUACAGUUCCGGCCUGGGUAUGAUGGAAAAACGUCGAUUUCUAGGUGGCAAGUAGAAGCCCAGGUUGGAAAUCCUGGAGAAUCAGAAGACUGGAUCCUUAUUCACCAGCUGGCAAGUGAGCCUGACGCAAGAUCUUUGGUGGUGCCAGCGCUGAACCCUUAUACCUUCUACAGUUUCCGAAUGCGACAAGUGAAUAUUGUUGGCACCAGCCCACCUAGUCAACCUUCCAGGAGGAUUCAGACCUUGCAGGCCCCACCAGACAUGUUCCCAGCCAACGUAACCCUGCGGACAGCCAGUCAGACAAGUUUGUGGGUGCGCUGGGUGCCUCUUCCAGAGCUGGAGUACAAUGGGAAUCCAGAUUCAGUGGGUUACAAGAUCCGGUACACACGAUCUGAUGGGAGAGUAAAGUCUCUCACCCAUGUAAUACAUGACCGCAUUGAAAGGCAGUACACCAUUGAAGAUUUGGAGGAGUGGACUGAAUAUGGAGUUCAAAUUCAAGCUUUUAAUGCAAUCGGGGCCGGGCCAUGGAGCCCCGUUGUCUUGGCUAGAACACGUGAAUCAGUCCCCUCCUCCGGUCCCACCAAUGUAUCUGCUUUGGCCACAACAUCCAGCAGCAUACUUGUGCGUUGGAGUGAGAUCCCAGAGUCGGAACGCAAUGGACUUAUCUUGGGAUACAAGGUCCUCUACAAAGCAAAGGACUCCGAUGGACCUGCUCAUGUCUGGCUGGUGGAAGGUAAUUCAUCUCGUAGUGCACAGAUAACUGGCCUGGGCAAGUAUGUGCUGUUUGAGAUCCAGGUUUUGGCAUUUACAAGGAUUGGCGAUGGGGUUGCCAGCUCACCCGCCAUAUUGCAGAGGACCCUGGAUGAUGUCCCUGGACCCCCAGUGGGGAUUCUUUUUCCAGAAGUGAAAAAUAGCUCGGUCCGCCUGAUCUGGCAGCCGCCGGCCAACCCCAAUGGAAUCAUUUUGGCAUAUCAAAUCACUCACCGACUUAAUACAACAAACGCUAAUACAGCCACUGUGGAGGUGCUGAACCCCAGUGUCCGGCAGUAUACAGCUACAGGGCUGAGAAAGGAAUCUGUCUACCUCUUCCGCAUCACGGCUCAGACACGCAAGGGCUGGGGAGAGGCGGCCGAGGCAUUGGUUGUGACAACCGAGAAGAGAGACCGCCCCCAGCCCCCCAGCAAGCCGCUAGUUGCACAGGAGAAUGUAAAAUCCCGCAGCGUGCUGCUUUCAUGGGAGCCAGGCAGUGAUGGACUUUCCCCUGUACGAUAUUACACCAUCCAGACCCGGGAACUUCCAAAUGGUAAAUGGACUGUCCAUUCUGCCUCCAUCAGCCACAAUGCCAGCUCUGCUUCUGUGGAUCGGCUCAAACCGUUCACUUCCUACAAGUUCCGCGUGAAGGCGACAAAUGACAUAGGUGACAGCGAGUACAGUGAUGAGUCAGAAGCUUUGACAACACUACAGGCCGCUCCAGAAGAAGCGCCCAUAAUCUUGUCUGUGACGCCGCACACAACAACAUCUGUAUUAAUUCGCUGGCAGGCGCCCUUAGAAGACAGGAUUAACGGAAUCCUCUUGGGAUACCGAAUUCAGUAUCGUGAGCUGGCGUAUGAUUGGCUGAGGAGUUUCACUGUACGGAGCAUCAGCAACCCUAGUUCUAAAUGGGCCGAACUGACCUAUCUGAACAAGCACAAACGCUAUGAGAUCCGGCUCAGCAUGUAUAAUGCAGCGGGAGAGGGGCCGCCCAGUGUUCCUCAGGAGGUGUUUGUGGGGGAAGCAGUGCCCACGGCUCCACCCCAAAAUGUAGCCAUACAAAGUGCCACGGCUGUGCAGUUGGAUGUGACCUGGGACCCUCCUCCCGUGGAGGCACAGAAUGGUGACAUUCAGGGUUACAAGAUUUAUUUCUGGGAACUCCUGCGGAAAAACGAAACUGAGAAGGUGCGGACCUUGUUUAUGCCUGAGAGCGGGGUGAAACUCAAAAACCUGACUGGGUACACCACCUACCUCAUCAGUGUGGUGGCUUUUAAUGCUGCAGGAGAUGGUCCUAGGAGUCACCCUAUCCGGGGCCAGACACAGCAAGCGGCACCAAGCGCUCCAGCCUCAAUUAGGUUCAGUGAGCUGACUACCACAUCCGUCAAUGUAUCAUGGGAUGCCCCUGCUUACCCCAAUGGGAUCCUGGAGGGGUACCGACUUGUGUAUGAGCCCUGUAGCGCAGUGGAUGGGGUUAGUAAGAUAGUGACGGUGGAUGUAAAGGGUAACAGCCCCCUUUGGAUGAAACUGAAGGACCUGGUAGAAGGAGUGACCUAUAGAUUCCGUAUUCGGGCUAAAACUUUCACUUAUGGGCCAGAGUUAGAAGCCAAUGUAACCACAGGUCCUGGAGAAGGAGCUCCUGGACCCCCUGGAGAACCAUUUAUAUCUAGGUACAGCUCAGCCAUCACCAUCCACUGGUCAAGUGGAGAUCCUGGGAAGAGCCCCAUCACCCGAUACAUUAUUGAGGCACGACCAUCAGAUGAAGGUCUGUGGGACAUUCUGAUCAAAGACAUCCCAAAAGAGGUGACAUCAUACACCUUCAGCAUAGACAUUCUGAAAACCGGAGUAAGCUAUGAUUUCCGAGUGAUUGCAGUAAACGAUUAUGGCUAUGGAACCCCGAGUGCUCCUUCCCCGUCAGUCUCAGCUCAGAAAGCAAACCCUUUCUAUGAGGAGUGGUGGUUUCUUGUGGUCAUUGCACUCAUCGGUCUGAUCUUUAUCCUCCUUCUGGUCUUCGCAUUAAUUAUACGAGGGCAGAGCAAAAAGUAUGCAAAGAAAUCUGAUUCAGCUGGUAACAGUAAGACGGGGCUGGGACAUGGUGAAAUGGUUAGCCUGGAUGAGAGCAGAUUUCCUGCUUUGGAACUAAACAACAGGAGGUUAUCAGUGAAGAAUUCAUUCUGCAGAAAAAAUGGAAUCUACACCAGGUCCCCGCCGCGUCCCAGCCCUGGGAGCCUACAUUAUUCAGAUGAGGAUGUCACCAAAUAUAAUGACUUGAUCCCAGCUGAGAGUGGCAGCCUUACAGAGAAACCUUCAGAGGUAUCAGACUCUCAGGGGAGUGACAGUGAGUAUGAAGUGGACCAGAACCAGCCAAAAUCCCACUCAUUUGUGAACCAUUAUAUCAGCGAUCCCACAUACUACAACUCCUGGAGACGCCAGCAAAAAGGCAUCUCACGGGUCCAGGCAUUCAACUUCACAGAGAAUGAUCCUGGAGACAAUGAUCACUGCAUUAUACCAAACAGCAACAGCAGCCAGCAAGGCAGCCUGUACAGACCCAAAUCUAGCCGGACUCCCACGCCUCAACAGGCCCCAACCCUCCCAGCCCAACAAAACCCCAUAUACCGGCCACCCAGCAGCCUUGCUCCAACAUCCCGUGCCCCCAUCGCUGGGUUUUCUUCCUUUGUUUGAUGAACAUCAUCAUGAUAUCAUUCGUGAAUCUAAAAGUGUUAAAAGGAUAGUGUAUGAGACAAUCAAAUGGAGGUUGAUCUUUUUUGCUGCUUUAAAUAUGUGUUAUAGUCCAAAGUUUUUGGUGCAAAACGUUCUCACCAAGGAUAAUAGACGCCAAGACUAGGCCAUCUUCAUGGUUAUUUCAGAAUACUCUUGUACAGUUUCUUCAAGAAGGAUUAUCUGAGUUUUGUUGUGAUGCACAUACAACUAGAUGGAUUUGAGGCCUUUCAUUUCAAAAUCAACUCAAGAAUUUUUCAGGACAGAGUAGUUCAUCAAGAAUAAUUAUUUGGCCAGAGCCAUUGUGUGUAUAAUUAUGGAGCACGGACCAGACCGGUGUAGAACGCCUUAAAAUGAGGCAUUAACGUGCCAGGACACAAAUGGGCAGAAUAAUGACUUAUUGCCACACAAAAUAUAGGAGGGACAUCACAAAUUAAAAUAAGAGGUGUAUGCAAAAAUAUUCCAUUUAUCAUAUUAGGCCUUGUGUCCACUAUGGGUUCUACUUACAGCUGCCAACCAGAACACACAAUGUACUGCUACACUGAAGGGCUUCUGUAGACCCUCCAACACCAGAGGCCUGAAUGCAUUGGCGGAGAAACUGGACCACUUCACCCUAAUUCUUAAAUAUAUGAGUGAGCACAGACUUUUAGGGUCCAUUGGAUAUUUGAAGAACUUGGUUAUAAAUAACUCAACAGUCAAGUGCUAUUUUUUUUUUUUUACAUAAUGCAUAUCCAUUAUUGAUAAAGGUAUUAAAGGUCAGGCCCAGAUUCAGCCAAAAAGUAUUAGAGAAGCAGUGUGGAGGUUUGAGCUUAGUAUCUUGAGUUUUUUGUGGGACCGUAUUAAGAUAGAGGUUAGCUUGCCUUUUCUGCCUAUAGGGGAGGUUGUUUUACUCAAACUAAAUUAAGGAGUUGCUAAACACAUUUAACAUCUCUUUCAUUUAACCUCAGUUCUAAAUAUCCAGCAAGAGGGAUUUGUCUGAAAGUGAAACUUGCUGCAAUGUCAGAGACAUUAAAUUCAAAAUCUAAUUUUCCAUAAAAUGCGGUGAAAAAAAAGAAGUACUUAUGUAUUUAUUUUGCACGGAUUUGUUAUAACUUAAAUAUGGUAAUUGUGGUUGUUCCACUGUCCCCAGGUUGGAGCGAAUCCUGGACCUUGAUCAUGCAAAAUUUUAGAUCAUGAUUGCUUGAUCAGUGCAGGAGCUUAUUUAUAACUAAUUGGCCACAGCAGAGGGGAUGAGAUAAACAUACCCUGUACUGCAAAACGAUGCAAACUUUAUCUUUAAAAAAACCACAGCUAUAUGCUUUUAAAACAUAUACUUUGUGUAUAGAUCUUUUUGCAAUGCAGUGCUUAAUUACUGAUAUAUACUAUGCAUAUAAAAUGAUUAUAAUGUUCUUUUAAUAACAAAUAUAAAAUACGCCUGCCCUCCCUCUAUUCCGACAAAGGGAGAAGCAGAGUAUCAUCUGUUUUCAUUCAGUUUUACUACAAAAGAAAAGCAGAUACAAUGAAAGGAAAAUUCUAGCUUUUAUUUUUGUGUGUAUUGAUUCUCCCCUUCAUCACAGAAGGUAAUCCUAUCACAUUGUGCCUAUAUUAUUAACAGAUAAAAAGAGAAUAUGCUAUUGUUAACUUACUAAUGCAGAAAGUGAUAAGCUGGUUAAAGUUAGCUGGUAUUUAACUGUUUUAUUUAUUGGAGCAUUUUGUUUGCCCUUAUUGUUUACUAAGAAACCAAAUCAGGUCACAGGUUUGUGUUUUUUAAGUUAGACACUCAGGUAUAUUGUUUUGUUUUGUUUCCUUCAUUCAACAUAAGAGACAUUUGUGCUCAGUUAUACUUUGCUUUUUCAUAUAAUUUCAAGUUAUAAGUAGCCGAGGAUGGAACAUUUUUUUUAAAAAAAUGCUUAUUUUCUGCAAUGUUUUAAUAUUUUGUUUUCCCCAAUGGAUAAACAUAUUGGAAAAAUAGAGUUUUUAGCUGUCACAGGAAACAAUAUGCAUCCAGUAGCACCCUAUUCGAUUGCAUCAGAAUUUCUAUGCGCAGUGUUGUACAUGGCUGGUUGUGGAAUUUUCCAAUUCAAAGCCUUUACAAUCUGUUACAAAAUGCAGCAAUAACCUACUUAUCACAGGCUGUUCAAAUAAAUGUGUGGUGUGAUAACAUUUUGGUUUGGAUGAUGUACGUUUGUUUUUUUCCUGGUCGAAUAAAGUUAAAGGGACAGUUCACUGUAAAAUUGUUUUUCCCUGAAUGUGUUCCACAUGACUUGUUAUACCAGCUGCAGCGUAUGAGAAAUUGCUAAUUUAUGCUUCUUUUUACAAAAUAAAUAGCUUGAUUUGCUCUGUGAAACCAUAGCCCAUCAAACUAGGCUUGGAUUGCUGACAUAUCAGAUCUCGUUAUGUUAUCACUCAAAUAGAUUUCCUUUCUUAUCUCUGUCCCAGUACAAUACUUAGAAUAUUAAGAUUUUUGAGCUUUAGCGCUUCCACCUCCCACCAUGAGUGUAAUUUAUUCUGUUGGCUGUCAUUACAUAGUUUCUCAAUAGCCUAUACCUAGGUAUAGAAACUUUCAGUAUAGGUAGGGAUACUACAGGCUAAAUUAGCUAUUUCAAAUGCCAAUAUAAAGGCUAAGGAGCUAUUUGUAAAAAUUAAAUACACUCCAGCAGGUAAAAUGGAUCAUUGGGAACAAAUUAAAGGAGAGAACCUUUUUAGGUAAACUGUCUUUUUAACAUAAUAGCUCAAACCACGUUUUUAGCUGUAAAGAUUGUACCCUAAUGAUUUUAAUAAAGCAGAAGUUAAAUAAUUAACUACAAAUGAUAUAAAAUUGUUAAUUUAACACGUAUUAUAAAUUUAUAAAUUGACACCAAAAGCUCCAUUUGUAAAGCUUGCAACGGUGUAUUUUGUACUUCUGAGAAGCAAAAGUCUGAGUCUGAAGUGGAAAAUCAUCCUAGACUUGUAAAAUAAUACUUCACUGCCCUCUAAUAUAGGUGGACAGGUUCACUGGCUUGGAACAUUGUCCCUUUGCAGAAAUACAUUUAAACAUGGUUAGGGACAGUAAAAUCUAAAUCAAACUUUUAUUAUUCAGAGAGAAAAUGCAAUUUUAUAAAGCUUUACAUUUAAUUUUUACUAUUUUUAAGUUUGCUUAUCCUUUUGUUGAAUAUUUAACCUAGUUAGAAGUGUGCACAUGUCUUUAGCGUUCUAUGGCAGCAGUGUAGGCAAUAACGUAUAACAUUGCUACAAACAUUGUUGCAAACACUGCUGUUGAAGACACAUGCAUGCUCUUGACAUAGGUGAGUUUUUGUGGAAAAGGAGAGAUAAUCACAGUUAGGAGCAGCCAUUAUACUAGGGGAGCUAGUGCCUGCCUCCCCCACAAAAGUUUAUUUUUUACUUUACUGUUCCUUUAAGUGAAAACAAAUUGCUAUUAAAUACAUUAUUUAUUAUACUGAUACAAUUAGUGGCAGAUUACAAGUUAAGUAUUAUUUAAUGCUUCUGCUUGAAGCAAUUUUUUUGCAAGCAACGGAUAGCGCUCGUAUUACAAGAUGAAAGUAAACAAUUUUCGCUUGCACAUGUCUAUAUAUGUGUACAUAUGUAUUUAUGUGUUUAUAUGUCUGCAAUUGCAUAUACACACUGAUAAAUACAUAUAAACAUAUAUAUACAUACAUAUACAUCUUUAGACAUUUAUAUGCAUGUAUCUAAAUGCUAAAGCCCUUUGUCUGCCUUUUUUUCUAACACCUGAGACCUCAUACCUUUUUGAGCCCUUUUAACUUUUUUGUUCAAUAUUUUUUAAUAUUUUUUAUUAGAUGGUGUUGUGUACUUUGAAAUAUAUUUUUGAUGUGUUUUGUGACACUUUUUAGUUACGCAAAACAGUUACCUAGAGCUCUGAGGACGUGCUAUCCCCACGAGCGUUAAAGUGAUUGAAAAGUUUAAUGAAUUACUCCCCAUUAUCUAAAAAUAAUCUUAAAAACAGGGGCACUUUAAUUCAUUAAACUUUACAAAGACGAAUCGAUGACAAAUUUGGCUUCCUCCAAUCGUUGCGUGCCCCAUCUGGCGUCCAGUUUUUUUAUUUUGUGUGUAAUGUGCUUAUAAGUAUAUGAGUGUCCUGAAUCCUUUGCAAAAUAAAAAAAGUUUUCCCUGCUUUUUGCAGCUGAGAAAAUUACUAGAAAAUAUUCUCAAAAAGAUCGAGCAAGCAAAGAAUAUAUUUGAGACUUACAAAUCAGUAUUAUAAUUCUUUAUUUUUCAUAACAAAUUAACAAAUACCAUAUUCAUACAAAAUAAUGUAUUUUUUGUAUUUAGUUCUAGUUCAUAAAAUCUUUUUUUUUUUAGUAAUACCUUGUUAUUUCUUUUUAAUUACAGUGAAUUUUACUUUAGAAAUGUUUUUUAGGUGUAUUUAAAAAAUGCUUUUUUUUAUAAUUUUUUAAUAUAAACACUUUAAUACUUGUAUAUUACCAUUUCACAAUACACCUACUGCCAUAGCCAGCUUCAAUUUUUUUUUUUUUUUUGCUUUAAUUAAUUAAUUAACAUUAAUUGUAUUAUUGACACAUGAGAGCUUAUAUUGCAGGGUAGGACCAAAGGACUUUAUUUAUUAUGCUUGAAAAUACAUUUUCAGCUUUCGAGUCAGAUCAUAUGAACCACACUUUUUUUUCACUAUCACUCAUAUUCUGAAAUAUUGCAUUUGACUUCUUUAUGUAAAGAAUUAUAGUAAACUAUUAUUUAAGAAAGAGUAGGAAAUAUAUGCUUAAAGGGACAUAUUCGCCCCUGUCCACCCGAGCUCUCUUAUUGGGGGCAGCAAUUCGCUGGCGGAAUUUAACAUUGCACAGCCAAUCACUUGCAGGUAGGAGCUGUCAAUUUCCCCAAUUCUCCACCGAAGACGUGGAGAUGAGGGUAGGAAAGCAGCGGUCUGAUGACCCCUGCUUGAUAAAUCGUGACUGCAGGUUCUCUUGUGAAAACCUGCAGUCAUAGGGAGGAGAAGGGCUUGCUAAAUCGAGCCCUAAGUAUUAAAAGGAAACUGAACCUAUUUUUUUUCUUUUGUGAUUUAGAUUGAGCAUGAAAUUUUAAGCAACUUUCUAAUUUACUCCUAUUAUCACAUUUUCUUCAUACUCUUGGUAUCUUUAUUUGAAAUGCAAGAAUGUAAGUUUAGAUGCCUCCCAUUUUUGGUGAACAACCUUGGUUGUUUUUGCUGAUUGGUGGAUAAAUAAAACAAAAAAAGCUUAGAUGCCUUCUUUUUCAAAUAAAAAUAGCAAGAGAAAAAAAAAAAAUUGAUAAUAGGAGUAAAUUGGAAAGUUGCUUAAAAUUUCAUGCUCUAUCUGAAUCACAAAAGAAAAAAAUUGGGUUCAGUGUCCCUUUAAGUGAAUCCUAGAAUUUUGAUAAAGAAACUUGGCUAGUAUCACAAUCUGGCAAUUAUUUAGCAUUCAAAUCUGAAUGAUCUAAGUUUAAACAGAUAUAGAAACCAAAGAUGGUUAAUUAUGUGUCUGAAAGAGUAGCAAAUAAACCUGUUUUUUUAUGUGAAAAGUUUAAAUUUUUAUUGAAGUUAUCACAGAGUCACAACUCAUACUGCAAAAGUUAAUAGAGACAACACCCAAAACAUAAUUGAUUGGUGGACUGGGACAAGCCCCAAGUAUGAAUAUAAAAAAGUAUGUUUAUUCAACACAAGAAUAUCCAUUCAAAUGUGGGGCAUUAUAGCAAGAAUAUUUAUUAGAAUUGGGGACAUUAUAAAAUAUUCUCUCUCAAAUGCAAACAGAUAUGCUUUCAAUAUCCAUUUUGUUUAAUUUUCAGAAAUUGGUUGAUUGUCGAGUUAUAAAAGUGUAUUGAGCACCUUACCAAAAUUAGAAUGACAUAAAGGUUAUUACUGUUGUACCAAUUAAACAAAUAAUAGCAAUGUAUUUCCUAACUGCAGUCACCUCUACUGUGGCAAAAUAAUGUUAUCAAUUCUGUUUGUAUAUUACUUACUGAAAGUGUUAUGUUUUAUAUAUGUAUUUUUUUUUAUUAUUAUUUUGCAUUUGUGUAAAUCCAUCACUCACCUUUCCCAAAGCAAAGCCUAAAUCAAAUAACAUUUAUUUUUUUGAUUAAACUAUAUAUAUUAAAUCAAAUGGGAUAUAUAUAUAUAUAAAUGUGUGUAAAAAAGUCUGAAAAAAUAUAUACAUAUAUGUUUUGUGACUGAAUUACUUUUCUUCUAAUGAGAAACGGGAAGAGAACAUGCAUUUAAACCUGCACUGAUAUAAUUAAUUAUAUUAAAUGCAAAUGGAUACGAUAUAGAUUUUACUAUAAUGGUACAAGUAAUGGUUUACUUCAUUAAGAAGGGUUAAUGACAGGAUGUAGAAAUUGUGGUUUGAUGGAUGUUUAUAUAAAACUUCACAUGAUCAAAAAAAAAAGUGUGAUUUAAAUGCUGUUUGUGAAAUAAAGAUAUUUAUUUUAGGAGUUCAAUUAACAUCAGCAUAGGAGAUUUUCAUGAGAAAUUAAGAUCUUUUUAUGGGGUAGUAUUCCAAUAAAUACCAAAGUUACGCAAAUUCAGCUAAUGGUUUAAUAGCAUUUUGGUACCCCUUAAUAAAUGCAUAAAGCAGACCAUCCCAAAAUGCUAAAAUUAUUGUUUUGUUUCAUCAAAUGUGUUAGGAGGUUGCAUUUAAUUUUAUCUUAUUUUUUCUGCAAUACAAACUAAAAAGGUGGAUAUUCCACAGAAUGAUGGAUCGUUGGAAUAUUAUGUAAAUCUUGCUUUGGAGUGGUGUGAUUUAAAAAUCUUAACGUGCUGGAAAGCAGUGCAAAUAAAAGGGGUCUAUUCACAAAUAUUUGAAUUAUGACGAGUUAAAAACAGGGGCUACAAGUCAAGCCAAAGCUUGCACUAUUUACAAAAAGAAAACUUAAUUAUUAUUUUUUACCUUGACAGACUUUAAAAUGGGCCAACUUUAAAAGGAACAGUGUACUAUACAAUUGGUUUCCCUUUAAUGUGUUUACAAUUAUAUAAAAUACCAGCUGCAGAGUAAAAAAAUAUAUGGGAAAUUAUUAUGUUUAUUUUGUACAUGAAAUAACUAUCUGCUCAUUUAAUCCAAUGAAAUGGGCUAAGCUUGGAUAGAGAGCAUACCUCAUUAGGUUAUUACUUUGCACUUACACAAAUUCCUCCUUAUCUCACUCUACACAGUAAGACUGAUACUUUUUCUAAACCUUCUUGUUUACAUAGUUUUUGUACAGUUAAUACUUAAUUAUUGGAAAUUUCAAUACAGGUGGACAUACAACAGGGAAAGGCAGCUAUUUCAAAUGACAAAAUCAGGGUAAAAGAGAUAUCUCUAAAUAAGUUAAUACACUCCAGCUAGUAAAAUGAAUUAUUGAGAUAAAAAACAGAACACACUUUUACCUGACAGCAGACUUACAGUACAUUAACUUUAUUCUAAUUGAAAUUUACUGAAUUCUUUACAGCCAAACAGCUUACAAACGCACACUGAACAACCCUAAAUUUCACUUAUUGUUAUUAUUUAAAGGGACACUAAACCCAAAUUUUUUCUUUCAUGUUAGAGCAUGCAAUUUUAAGCAACUUUCUAAUUUACUCUUAUUAUCAAUUUUUCUUAGUUCUCUUGCUAUCUUUAUUUGAAAAAGAGGGCAUCUAAGCUAAGGAGCCAGCCAAUUUUUGGUUCAGACCCUGGACAGCAAUUGUUUAUUGGUGCUCUCCAAUCAGCAAGCACAACACAGGUUGUGAACCAAAACUGGGCCGGCUUCUAAACUUACAUUCUUGCUUUUCAAAUAAAGAUACCAAGAGAAUGAAGAAACAUUUUGUUAUAGGAGUAAAUUAGAAAGUUGCUUAAAAUUGCAUGCUCUAUCUGAAAGGAAAAAAAUUGGGUUCAGUGUCCCUUUAAAUGUAUAAAUUAAUGUUAUGACAAUUUAACUUUGAUUUAAUAUUAUUUAAAUUAAAUAAAUAAAAUGAUUGUAUUUUAAUUUAACACCGUCAUGUUCUUUUGAAAAUAUUUACAUUUUGAUCAUUGUUUUUAAUUGUCCAUCCCUGUCUAAAACUGCCCUAGUAACCAUUCGAACCUGUAUUUGAUUUAUGUAGCUUGUUAUAGGUAUGCUCUUCAUACCUAAAUACUGCUAGACAGCAAGUAAACAAUAACUUGCAACUUAAAAUAAUCAGCUCAAGGAAUAAAGUCACCUGGAUGGCCACAAUUUAAUGCUUUCCAGGUUGCUGAUUGGCCGCCCGUGUGUGAAACAACUACGGUUGAGUUUACAUUGGGGUGUUAAGAAUUACUUUUGGCUGUCUGCUAGCUGUUAAAAUGGUUACCAAAAAUAUGACACCAUCUGACCGUUACAAAGGUUUUGGGUUGGCCAAAUUAUAGCAGUGGAAGGUUGUUUCUGCUCUAUGGAAGUCAAAAAAUUAUAAUUUGUGAAUAGACCCCAAAGGUGAGAACAGGCUAAAAUAUAUUGUAUGUCCUGUUUAAAGAGAUGGCAAAAUAUUGAAAAAGGAAUACAGUGCAGUGUUUAAAUGACCCGGUUAUGUAAAACAAAGCGAUUUCUUGUAUUUAUGAACACAAUGAAAAAAAAUAAAAUUAAUUGCAAAAAAUAUUUUUUAAUAAAAAUGUUCAACAAAA